CACAAGUUUCGUAACAUGGAACUGCUUCUUCUUUUACUCAUCUCUGCUUCUUGUCCCUUGGUUGGAACUGUAGGAAGCAAUGCAGCCUCCUCUUCCUUCUGAGAUCUACUGGAAAAACAAGUUGCCAAACACUCCUAUGCCAAAUAUGCUUCGUGAUUUCUUGCAUCCUGCUGAUCUAGAAGGAAAGGCAUCGAUUGACAGAGCAGAAAGCCGCAACAUCUACACCCUAACACAAACAAAAGCUAUCUUCGAACAGGAAAAAUCCCAAGAAUACUCAAAAAAGCUGCCUUUGCAAAAGUUAAACCUAAGCCAGCCUUUGCAACAGUUCGCGCUCAGCAAGUACAGCAUAAGCACCAUUCGAAAUGACAAUGCUGAAACAAAUAGACAACUCAUAAAUAGUCCAGCCGCGUCUCUCUUCUUCUUAGAGAAGGAUUUAUAUCCUGGAGCAAAAAUGAACUUGCACUUUGUUGUAGGUACUCCUAGUGGAACUACUUUCUUACCGCAAAAGCUAGCUAAGAUGACCCCAUUCUCCUCCAACAAGUUGCUAGAGAUCUUCAACCAGUUUGCUAUUAAACCAAAAUCGGAAGAAGCUGAACUUGUCAAUGAAAUUAUCAUGGACUGUGAACAACCAGCUAUAGAAAAUGAGGAGAAGUACUGUGCAACUUCACUGGAAUCACUAGUUGAAUAUGGUACUUCCAAAUUGGGGAAAGAUGUUAACGUAUUGACUACAGUAAUUGUUGGUGAUAAAGGGCAGAGAACAAGGAGGAGGAAACAAGAAUAUGACUACAGUAAUUGUUGGUGA